AUGCAGACCAAUAUGUCUGGAGAAACGAAGACCUCGACUGGCCUCGCCGCCAAGAUGGAGAAAAAGCGCAAGCGACAGGCCGAGGAGCCCUCCAAGCAGAGCAAGUCCGACGCUCCGAAUAAAUCUACAGGUGCCGCUUCUGAUGGCCCCAAGGACAAGAAAAGAAAGAGUGGGAAGAACAAGAAAGACAAGAAAGACAAGGAGGAUCAAGCAGACAAACCAAAGACUAUUAAGGGGGAGCCUCUGCAGAAAGAGCGCAAGGGAACUGUUGACGAGGCCAUCGGGAAGAUGGACGGGCGGUUGCUCGCCGACCACUUCAUUCAGAAAGCCAAACGGCACAAUAAGGAGUUGACUGCGGUUGAAUUGAAUGAUCUUAGUGUUCCAGACUCGGCAUUCCUCGAUACAUCGUCAUUUACCUCUUCGAGAACACUAGAGAAUCUUCCUGAUUUCUUGAAAUCCUUUAAUCCUAAAGGGUUUAGCCUUGCAGACUCAUCGGAGAAGAAAGGAACCCCGCAUACUAUUGUCGUUUCACCCGCUGGUCUCCGCGCUGCGGAUGUUGUCAGGGCCCUUCGAAUGUUUCAAACAAAGGAAUCUCCCAUUGGAAAACUAUUUGCAAAACACAUCAAGCUGGAAGAAGCCAAGCAAUUCCUCGAACGAGCGCGAGUUGGAAUUGGCGCUGGUACUCCGGCCCGUAUCUCUGACUUGAUCGAAACAGGCUCCCUGAAACUGGAUGAGCUGAAGCGCAUUGUCAUUGACGGUUCUCAUGUUGACCAAAAACAAAGAGGGAUCUUCGACAUGAAGGAAACUCAUCUCCCACUUCUGCAGCUGCUCACUCGACCCGAACUCCGCGAGAGGUAUGGGGACAUGGGAAAGAAGAUUGAGAUUCUUGUGUUUUAA